UUUCAGCAAUCGGCGGCGGCGCCCGCGGGGAGACGGAGGGCGCGGGGCUGCGGGGGCCGCGGAGCCGCCCGGCCGCGCUGAGCCAAGGAGGCGGCCAGGGCAAGCGGAGCCAGAGGGCCUGACUCCAGCGCCCAGCAGAGUGCGGCAGUCGGCAGGGAGGGCCGGCGUUGCGGGCCAGCUGCCAUGUCCUCCACCGUGAACAACGGGGCUGCUGGCAUGCCGUCCCCGCCCGACGCCGCCAACGGCUUCCCGCAGCCCGGCGCCUCUUCCGGGGCCUGGCCGCGGCCGGAGGAGGAGCUGCGUGCCGCGGAGCCGGGCCUGGUGAAGCGCGCACACCGCGAAAUCCUGGACCACGAGCGCAAGCGGCGCGUGGAGCUCAAGUGCAUGGAGCUGCAGGAGAUGAUGGAGGAGCAGGGGUACUCAGAGGAGGAGAUUCAGCAGAAGGUCGGGACCUUCCGGCAGAUGCUGAUGGAGAAGGAGGGAGUCCUCACCAGGGAGGACCGGCCUGGGGCCCACGUCGUGGCAGAGACCCCGCGGCCGACCGAGGGCGCCGAGCCGGGCCUGGAGUACGCGCCCUUCGACGAGGACGACGACGAGGACGACGGCCCGGUGGACUGCGACUGCCCGGCCGCCUGCUACCGCGGGCACCGGGAAUACAGGACCAAGCACUGGUCCAGCAGCUCGGCGUCGCCCCCUCCCAAGAAGAAGAAGAAAAAGAAAGGCGGCCACCGGAGAAGCCGCAAAAAGAGGAGACUAGAGUCGGGGUGCAGCUGUGGGAGUGCCUCACCCCUGCGCAAGAAGAAGAAGAGCGUGAAGAAGCACCGCCGAGACAGGUCCAAUUCUGGGUCCCGGAGGAAGAGACGGCACAGAUCUCGAAGCCCCAAGAGCAAAAGAAAAGAGAAGAACAAAGAGAGGAAGAGGCCUCACACAGAGUCCCCAGGCCGGAGGUCCCACCGUCACAGUAGCGGCAGUUCCCACAGCCCCUCGCUGUCCUCCCACUGCAGUGACUCUGGAUCACCCAGCAGGCUGAGCCCCAAGCGUCGAGACGACGGGCGGAAGACGGGCAGCCAGCGGUCCAGCGGAAGCCGGUCGCCUUCCCCGUCGGGCGGCAGCGGAUGGGGGUCUCCGCAGCAGAACGGCGGCAGCAGGCAGCGGAGCGGAGCGCACGGGGGCCGCCCGGGCUCGGCGCACAGCCCGCCCGAUAAGCCCAGCUCGCCCUCGCCCAGGGCCCGCGACAAGGCAGCGGCCGCUGCACCCACGCCGCCCACGCGAGGCAAGGACAGCCCAAGCCCACGCUCGGCGCCCUCGUCGCAGGGCCGCGGAGCCCGGGACUCCUCGCGCUCGCUCAGCCGCGCGCGCUCCAGCAGCGACUCGGGCGGAGACGCCCCGGGCCCCGGGCCGGAGCCAGGCUCGGAGCGAAGCCACAGCGGACACGGGAAACGGGCGAAGGAGCGGCCCCCGCGCGCGCGCCCCGCCAGCACCUCGCCGUCCCCGGGCCCGCACAGCAGGCACGGCGGUCCGGAGGGUAAGAGUUCGUCGCCCAGUCCUGGUCCCCACCCCCGGUCCUGGAGUUCCAGCCGAUCGCCCUCUAAAUCUCGCUCGCGGUCCCCGGAGAAGAGGGCCCGCAGCCCCAGCCACUCGCCGUCGCCCAAGAAACCCCUUAGCCGGGACAAAGACAGCGAGGGCCGCGCGAGGCACGCCGAAGCCGAGGCCAACCGCGCCCGGCGCCGCUCCCGUAGCUACUCCCCCAUCCGCAAGCGGCGCCGCGACUCACCCAGCUUCAUGGAGCCGCGGCGCAUCACCAGUGCCCGAAAGCGUCCCAUCCCUUACUACCGGCCCAGCCCCUCCUCUUCCUCCAGCUGCCUAAGCAGCGACUACUCCAGCCGGAGCCCCAGCCGCAGCCCCAGCCCGGGGCACAGCCACGGAAGCUACAGCAGCCGCAGCCGGACCCGAAGCCACACGCGCAGCCCCUCGCGAAGCCCCAGUCCAAGCUACCACAGCCGAAGCAGCUCUGAGAGCGGCGGCUUCUGAGCCCAGCCGGACCUUGGGGCCGCCUGGCGGAGGACGAGGCCACGCCCUGGGACUGCGCAGGAGGGGGACUGCACCCCCUACGAAGAGCUCCGGGGCCAGCACGUGGGCAGAUGGGGUGGGGAAGACCGAGGGUGGGCACCCCGCCCACAAGGGGGAGCCAGACCGAACCGCUCCCGACCGGUGCCCACCCCCCCUUCUCGCACCCACCUUCGCGUCCAGGGAACAAAGAGCCGUUGCGAACACAGGGAGCACCCUGCCCCCACUUCCUGCUUGAUGCCCGCUCACCAGGCUGGGCGCUGGCACGAGAGCGCAGUCUGCUGUGACCCUUCGCCUCCGCUCAGUGAGCCCGGGCACACCUCAGAAGGUGCCAGCCCUGGGAACCUCCCCUCCCUCCUCUCCCUCACUGGGCAGACGAGGAGGUGGUACAGCAGGCUGCACCUGACCCAGGCGGACGGAACAGUGGCCCAGCCGUGGGUGCGCCACCAGCCCGGGUGGGGAACUGCUGCUCCCUUCGGAGCCGGCUGCAGGAGACCUGGCUGAGGAGCCGCGUCCCUCCCCUGCCGCGGUCUGGGUUGCCCGAACCCCAGCAGCAAAGCCAGGGAGCUCGCUCUUGAGCCCGUCUCUCCAGCCCUUACGCUGUGCCCUGGGCUGAGGCCGUGGAAGCCAGACCUGCAGCAUGGCACGAGGACAGGGGGACUGUCCCCAUGUACGUCUGACCCUGAGGUCCGAGGGGUUCAGGUCAGGAGGUGGCAGAGGACAUGCGGCAAAACAGUGGAGCUGACGACCAAGCAGGCCACCGAGAGCCGGGAGGGAUGGGAGGCGCUCGACCGUCCUCAGCUCCGCCAAGAGGACCGCAGCAGCAGGCACAGGACGGCACGCCGCGGGCUUCAGGGCCGCCCAACAGUGCUUGCUCCCAGGCAUGGUGGGACGGGGUCGCCCCAGGCUCGCGGAGCAGCCCAGCAGGGGCGGCGCCGCCCUUCACGGGGGCCAGCCCUCGACUCCACCUCUUCUGCGGCUCCCAGCCCCCGCCUCCUGGGGCCCUCAGGGAUCUCACAAAGUCUUCCUUGCCCAAUGGGGCAGAUGCCCUGGGCCCUGGUGGGGGGAGGGGUCUGGUCCGGGUUCCCCUUCUCUCUAUUGCCCCUCCCUCUUUCUCCGCGGUGCGGAUUUAAAAAUGGACUAUAAUAAUAAACACUCGGUGCCCGGAUGGCAGGUGGUGAAA